AUGGGCUUCUCAGAAGCAUCGCGAGAAUACCCGGGACCCGUGAAUACGCGAAAUCGGUAUGAUGAACCCAUUUCUUCGUUUUAUAAAGAGUGUGUUUAUCGUCAAUUGACGUCGUACAUUAAUUCUGAAAAAAACAUUCUUUAUAUAGUGUUCACGUGUUUCAUCUGCAAAAAGAGAUCAGACAAAUCGCAAGAUUUGUCGUUUCAUCGAUUUCCGUCAAACUCUAUCGCUCGACAACAAUGGCUAGAUAUUAUCGGAAAAUCGGAAGAAGUCAUAGGAAAAGCAACAACCAUUUGUUCGAGACAUUUUGACACUGAAUGUUUUCGUUAUGGGCUAGUCAAUGGAAGAAGGUUUCUGAAACCAGGGACUAAACCAACUAUAAAUCUUGGUAUAAGUGCUCCAAUAAAUAUUCUGAACACGACAGAAUUUUCUUCUAUACAAACCAGUAAUAUCCCAACCAAUGAACCAGCAUUGCGAUCAAGUAUUGAAGAGUUAGCCACAUCAAAUAAGCGGAAACAAGAACCACCACUGACUGAAGUUAUUGCUGCAAAAAAGAUUCGACUAACUGAUCUUACAUGAGAAGAACUUUCCGAGUCAUCAAUGCGAGGAAAAGCUUUGUGGAACGCUGCAAAACAAGAGCUAUUAAAUAAAGAAAAAAAGAUUGAGUGCUUACAGCGUAAAGUUCGACGGUUGAAACAGAAGGUUUCGAGCUUGAAAUUGUUGACAAAACAUUUAUUUAAGAAUAAUUUAAUAAUGGAAGAUGAAUUAAAACUCUUACACGUAAGUGAUAUAGAGGAUGUUAAUGAACGCAAUGAAUAAAUUAGUACAUUAAUUAUAUAAAUAUGAGAUAUAAAUAUGAGAAUAAUCAAUGUCGGUCUUGCAGUAAUCUGCGGCAGAUCUUGGUGCCUAAUAAUAAUUAUUGAAUUUUACAAUCUCCUGCUCAUGUGAACUGCGUCACAUAUUCGUCGAUCUUCAAUUAUUGUGAUUAAUUAUUAGAUUAUAUUAGAUUAGAUUUUGUAAAUGUACAUACUGUAAGUUUAUUAUUUUCAUUUUUCUUAAAUAAA